CUAAAGACACAAAUAGUCGGUGUUACGAUUCAUGAUGCAGAACACUCACCAAACUGUCACAAGAAUUAUGAAAGCAGCCUUGAAAACAUAGAAGCAUCCACUACAGCUUGUUAUAAGCAGGCAACCGCGGGACUGCAUGUGUUUGGGGCAGUGAGUGGCAUUACGUAACAUCACACCUGUACUACGAGAUUUACCGCACGUUGAUCUUUCAUUAAGCUGGUUCUAAUCCCCCGAGGCCCUAUGUUACUCGUUCACCAAGGUCGUGGCGCUAGGCACUGGUGAGAACUGAAGACAGGCAGUGUGUAGCUGGCAGUGGUCGAGAUCACAGGUGGUUGUCGUCUCCCCCUGCUCCUCAUGGCACAGUCCUCGCCCCAGCAAGUCGGCCCGUCUUCGUGCGGCGCCACCAUAGCAGAGAUGGAGAAAAUACUUACAGAUGAGGAGGUGGAACGUUUGAUCGACGCCAGCCUAGACGCUCGACGCAAUGCCUAUUGUCCUUACAGCAAGUUCCAAGUGGGAGCUGCUCUCCUCACCAAAGACGGCUCCACCAUCACAGGCUGCAAUGUGGAGAACAUAUCCUACGGCCUCACUAUCUGUGCUGAGCGGACAGCCGUGUGUCGCGCCGUGGCCGAGGGUCAGAGGAAGUUCCGUGCCAUCGCCAUCACGGCGGAAAUGGGCACCCGGUUUGUUGGGCCGUGCGGGGCGUGCAGACAAACCCUGGUGGAGUUCGGCCUGGACUGGGAGGUGUACUUGGCCACGCCUGACAAGCGGUACAUGAAGACCACGGUGUCCAGGCUGAUCCCAGACAGUUUCAGUCCCGAGUGGGUCACCUUGGGGGAGAGGCAGGAAGGGUAGUAUGCGGAACGCGCCGCCACCGCUGACCCCAAGCUGAAAUAAAUCAUUUUUUUAUCAUCAAACGUUUCAGUGACAUAUGUGUUUGAACUCUGUUGGAGGUUAUUGUGGUCUUCAAGUGAGGUUUCGUGAUUUUAGUGAUAGUUUAAUAAAGGGGAAGGGAGGCAAGGCAUCGCGGGAACUAAUUAAUAAUACGAGCCUGUGAAAUGUAACAAUACUCGUAGCUGAUGAGACUUGAUGGCCUCCAUGUAUUGAGACACUCCAUGCUUGCAUGAGACUGGUCCUGCCGCCUUCCUAUUACUGGCCGAGAAUCCCAUUGACCAUUGUGAGCGAGAGAACCUUUAUCAUACAGCUGAGUCAUGUACACUUGCAUGCCACACUUGUGAAUGUUUAAAUGUUCUUAUUACGUAUAAAAAAAGAAAGAAAGAAAGAAAAAGACUACGAAAAUAAAAUGGUAUCUUGUAAUAGUUCAGACUUCAGAGUACGUAAAUUAAACUCUAAAAUGUUUGCCAGUGGUUGUAAUAGUUCAAACCACAAAACAUGUCUGGUAUGUUAAUUUUUCUUUUCAUUUUAUAUCUUUAAGACUUUGAGGCAUUUUCAACUACUGAUUCUUCUCUUGUGUGAUGGAUAUGUGGUGGAACAACACACACACACACACACACACACACACACACACACAUGACCUAUAACUAUAAUCACAUUAAAUUACCUGUAUUAAUAAAAGUCUGGAAAGUA